GACGGGCUGGGGAAGGGGCCGGGCCGGGCGGGCGGCGCCCUCCUUCCCUCUUUCCCUCCGCCGCCGCCUGCGCUCGGCGCGGCCGCGGGGGGCGCUGCGCACGCACAGGCCGCGGAGCCGCCGCCUCCGCCGCGUCCCGGCGGCGCUGGGUGGGACUCGCCGCGGUGCCCCUUGUCGACCGAGGGGCGGCGGCGCGACGCUGAUGGGGAAGCGGGCCGGGGGCGGCGCGUGGCCCGAAGCCCGAGGGCACCGCGCGGGGAGCCUGAGGGGCGGGCGCACCCAGAGAUGCGAAGGCCCCGGGGCAGCCCGGGCUCCCUGGCCGGGCCCUGUCGCCCGAGCCCCUCGGGGCUCGGGCCUGGGGUCCCCGCGCUGUCCGGGGACCGGCCGGGGUGUGUGGGAGACUGGCCGCCAGGGCCGGCGAAGUGAGCGCGGAUGCGCGAGGAGGGAUCGGGGCGCGCUGGGGUCGGGAGGGAGCGGGUUUGGGAAGCUCCCACUGCCCGCCUGGCGGGCACCGCGCCAUACCCCAUCCCCGGGUGGCCGCCUCGAGGCAGGCGGGGACGUGAGGAGGAGACCGCUCCGGGAGGGGACCUGCUUGGGGCCCACCUGGACAGCUGGGGGCCCGGGAGAGAUGGAGGCGUCGCUCUUGGCGGGCGCGAGAGACCGAGAAAAGGAGCAUCUCUCUCAGGGUGUCCAGGGGCGACGGGGACCGCAUCCCGGAGGUAAAUGCGAGGAGAGCCGCGGGGACCGUCCCCUCAGGCGCCCAGGCUGGGCCGGCCGGCCUUCGGGGUACCCAGACGAGCCUCCAGCGGACUCUGCCUACUGUGAACUGAGAUUCUUCUCAAUGCACCGCUGUUGGACCACACAGAUGCUUCAAAAUGUUGUGCUGUAAAGAGGAAUGGAGAAGAUUUCUACAUACUAGUAUGGAGUGAGCUGCAGAAUAUUUUGAAAAAAGCAAGGUGGCAAACCAUGAAAUGGUAUGCUAUUUGGGGGGUAAAAAGAGAGAGAAAUAUGACUAUGGCUCUGUGUGCCUGUGUGUAUUUACUUGUAUUUGUGAAAAGACCACUGGAAGUAUAAAUAAAAAUUAUUCAAAUGUUUAUCUAUGGGGGAAGAAGAAAGAGACCAGCGUGGAAUAGGGACAGAAGAAGAAUUUCUCUGAAUGUACCUUAUUAUCUAAUUUUGGCUUUGGAAACAUUUAUGUUUUACAUGUUGAAACAUAAAAUUAAAUCAAAAGAAAAUAAUUAUGGACAGCAGAUAGAUAAAUCUCAUGCAUUUUUUUUGUUUAUUCCUCUUUUAUUCUGAGAAGAGGAUUUGAGGCAGAUUUAAUCAGAGUACAGGUGUAUGCCUUAUGCAUUUUAUAAAUUUUGAUUUUUCUAUAAUUGCUAGGGAAUAAAACAUUUGGGGAUCCCCUUGCCAGGUCAGUUAUGUAACCUGAUGGCAUUGUGUAUUGGUAACUGGUAACUUACUCCUACAUCUGAAAAGUGACCUGAAAAGCAAAAGUAAGUUUUGGGAUGGAUUCUGCUCUUGCCACUCAAAACACCAUCACCACCACCACCACCUGACUUUCAGGAUUCUAUAGGGAUUCUUCAUAUAGGUGAGCAUUUGAUGAUUUGCUGACUUAUUUUUGGCUCCUUAUGGUGAAACAUACAAGGUAAGUGUAUGUAAUUCACCCUGACUCCUCAAACCUUAGGUCUGGCAAAUCUUAAUGAAUAGAAUGGAAUGGAGGAUGGAACUGAUGAAAAUGUAGCUACUUUUCAUUUCCCUUUUUUCUCUUUCUCCAACUUCUGCUCUUGCUUUUUUUUUUUUUUUUAAUGACCAGGAUAACAUAAAAUGUCUGUAAUUAUAAGCAUUCCUCAUUUUAUUGCCCUUCGUUUUAUUGUGCUUGACAGAUAUUGCGUUUUUUUUUUUUUACAAACUGAAGAUUUAUGGCAACCCUGUGUUGAGCAAGUCUAUCAGUGCCAUUUUUUCCCAUUUUUUCAACAGCAUUU